AGCUAUGUCCCUUUCUCUUGCUUCUGCGUGGGCUUGUGAGUCACUUGUAGCCAACUGGAGGUGGUGGGGGUGAUGACGUCAUUCUUCUGUGGCCAGGUCAGAAAAGGUGCUGUAAAAUACAGCAUAUUAAUAGAAAAAUUGAGGUUCAGGAAGGCCAACGGAUCAGAAGACGACUGCCAUCGGGAAAGACAGUUUGUCACUCACCGAUCCCGAGAAGAGGGGACAGGCCACAUCACAGGGGUCACAGGGGAAGCACCAGCGUCAGCUGGGAGACAGAGAGAGGCAGAUAGGUGGGCAAGAACUGCUGGUGUGAUUUCUGCAGGACGAAACCCACGUGAGGCGGGGUAAAGCAGACUUGGACUGGCUAGUUUGGAUCAUUUCAGGGGGCUCCGGGACACAGGGGCUGCCCUGGUCGUCUGGCAUCUGGCCCUGCGGGGGACUAGGGCAGGUGGAGAGUGGCCCAGACAGUCUGAUAAAGGAGGUGGUUGGGGUGUGACUGAGGACUGGUUGGUUUACCCUCGAAAAGCACACUCGAGGAAUUGGCUGACCCAGGAAGAGACAGUCCCUUGAGGGUCAGCGAGGCCCCAAGACGUGAAAGCAUCAAAAGUCAGAAAAUAACAGAGGUGGUUAAUGCACGGAGCGUCCACGUCGCUUCCGGGGCACUUUUCAAGCCUAAGGCGGCCGUGAAAGAAAUGAAGUUCCCUUCAGGCUGCUAUGCUGAGGAAGCCCAGUCUCGUGAGGAGUCCACGUGAGGGAGCUUUAGUUGACGGCCCUAGCUGAGGUUCCAGCCAGAAGCCAGCACCAACUGCUGUUCAUCUGAGGGAAGUCAGGUCCCAGGCUCUGCCAUCGAGUGAGCCCCCGUUGGGACUUCCCAGCUGAGGCUCCCAACACAGAGGAGCGGAGAAAAGCCAUUCUUACUCCGUCCUGUUCAAAUCCUGACUGUGAACAUAAUGAAGUGUGUUUCAAGCUGCUAAAUUUUGGGGGGUAACAUGUUACACAGCAAUAGCUGCACAGAGCCCGACGUGGGUCUGGAACCCACGAACCACAAGGUCAUGACCUGAGCCGAAGUUGGACCCUUAAUGACUGAGCCAGCCAGGAGCCCCCAAAAAGUUUACCUAAAAAGACACAGGUUUUUCAUUUGCGUGUUGUUUCAGCAAAUUUAUUACUACUACAGAGGCAUAGCCCCACAGAUGCCAUAUUACGUUUUCUUUUUUUGUUUUUUUUGUCUCCCCAAGGACCUCAGUGACAUGACCGCCAGCAUGGCCGACCCAAGCCGCCUCCUCCACAAUGCCAGCCCCUGCCUUCCUCACUCCCCACCCACAGUCAGUGUGACCCUCUCUCCGUUCUACACAGCCCUCUUGGUCUUCAGUGCUCUGGGAAACAUCCUUGCCCUACGCCUUGCCCGUCAAAAGGGCAAGAAGAUCAACUCAACGGGCGUCUACUUGGUCCAGCUGGCAGUGUCUGACCUCCUGUUCACGCUGGCCCUGCCUGGAAGGAUCACUUACUACCCGCUGGACUUCAGCUGGCCUUUUGGAGAAGGGCUCUGCAGGCUGACGGCGCUCAUCCUCUACGUGAACACCUACGGGGGGGGGGUCUACCUCAUGACGUGCGUGAGCGUGGACCCUUACCUGGCUGUGGUCUGCACCCACCGGGGCCCCCAGCUCCGCGACGCUGGCCGAGCGCGGCUCGUCGAUGUGGCUCUCUGGGCCUUGGUGUCGCUGCAGACGGCACCCCUGCUCUUCAUCCCUCUCACCAUGCCCCUCAUGAACAUGAACGGUGGCACUGACCCCAUCAUUUACUUCUUUGCUUCCACACGGUACAGGAAAUGGCUCCUCAGCUUCUUAAAACUCAGAGCGUCAGCGUCUUCCUCCUCCCCCACCCAGGGAAAAGCUUCCUCAGAAACACGGAGUAUCAACCAGGCUGGGGGCUCAGUGCCCUUAGAAGAGAAUACGGUCUAAUGACUCACCGGCUUUGAGACUGUA